AUGGCGGAGACUACGAACACAGUCACCAAGCCGGUCCACACAAUCGUGUUGGACGCGGGUCCGAUUCUCAAAAAUACCCCGCCACUUUCAACCCUCCUAGCGCAAUGUGAGGAAAUUAUCACCACACCCUCCGUGGUGGGCGAAAUCCGCGACCCCGAUGCCCGCGCACGUGUCGAGACCCUCUACCUACCCUUCUUGAAGCAGCGCACACCCACACCACACAGCUUCAACGUUAUCAGUGAAUUCGCUCGCAAGACUGGUGACCGAACUGUGCUCAGUCGAGUCGAUAUUGAGAUCCUCGCUCUUGCAUACGAACUCGAGUGUGAGAAGAACGAAGGAGAUUGGCGGUUGCGAAGUGUCCCCGGACAGAAGAAGAUCAAUGGCAAGCCUCCUGUGAAGGAAGAGCCCAAGGAAGAACCCGCGGAAGAGUCUAAGGAAGCCCAACCCGAGUCCGAAUCUGCGGAUGUGGAGGCUAUUGCAGAGGGCGUGAAGGAGGCCGUCAUUGAGGAGAGUCAAGAAAAGCCUAAGGAGGAGGAGACCGUCCCCGCCUCCAACGAGGACGUCGAGAUUGUUGCCGCUGAAGAACAAGACCCAGACGAGCCUGCGGAUGAAGCCGAUUCCGACGGCGGCGAGUGGAUUACACCCACCAACUAUAAGAAGCGCCUGGCUCAGGAUGAGUCCGGAUCUGCGUCUCUUGCGGCUGCGCCGAAGACGAUGCAAGUUGCGACCAUGACCACUGAUUUCGCCUGUCAAAACGUUCUUCUCCAGAUGAACCUUAACCUUCUGUCUACUACUACCCUGCAGAAGGUUCAGCACCUCAAGACCUUCAUCAAGCGCUGCCACGGCUGUUUCUUGACCACCAAGGAUAUGACCAAGCAGUUCUGCCCUCGCUGCGGCAAGGACACCCUUACCCGUGUCUCUUGCACCACCACUGCCAAUGGCCAAUUCACAAUGCACCUCAAGAAGAACAUGCAGUGGAACAACCGCGGUAACGUAUACAGCGUCCCCAAGCCCAUCGCAGGCAGUGCGAACGGCAAGUGGAAGGGCGGCGGUGGCAAGGGAGGUUGGGGCACGGAGCUCGUCCUUGCUGAGGACCAGAAGGAAUUCGUCCGUGCCAACGCUGAAGAAGAGCGCCGGCAGCGCCGUGAGCGCGAUCUCAUGGACGAGGAUUACCUUCCUGGCAUCCUGACCGGCGAGCGCAACAAGACUGGCGGCCGUACCAAGGUCGGCGCCGGCCGCAACGUCAACUCUAGAAAGCGCUAA